AUGGGCUCGAGCGAGCAGGACAAUUACACGUUUACUGUAGGAAAGCUCGAUGCUGGUAUUGUAAGUCCGAUGUUUCUUACGCAGGCAAUCCUCAUUGGCGAUCACGCGUCAUUGAUUGAGUUUCCAUCCGUGCUGCUCCCAAGGGGUGUGGGGCUCGGAAGCGUUGUGGACAUCCGCGUUACACGCAACGAGACUCAGGAGCAACGAAAGCGCGAGGAAUUUAUUACCCUGCAGGAUGAGAUUUUGCAGAAGUAUGGUGUGAAAAGCCCUUCACCCAAUGCUGAUCUUCUUUCGUUGGAUGUAUUGCGCAAUGGUGAGCGCAUUGCCAAAAUUCCUCGAGCGCGCUCAAGCACGUCUACGAAAUUGUCUGGUCUAGCUAUGGAUACAGAAUACUCGAUCCAACUAGUCAUGUCUACCUCUGCUGGAUUAUUUGCUUCUAACGAACUGCUCAUUAAGACUCAUACCCUUGAUGAUCUAAGUGGAAUAUUUGUUUGUCUUGGUUGUAUUCCUGACGCACGUCUCUGUGAAGCUACGAAGAAAGUCGUAGAGGCUUUGGGGGCUCGUUGGAGUAAUCAGAUUCAGCUUGAAACAACACAUUUAGUGUGUUCAGUAUCACCAGGUCCAACUGAAGAACAGCAGAUGAAGCUCUAUGAAAAAGCAGAACAGCUCACCUUGCCUAUUAUCCAGCCCCAUUGGCUCUUUGCUUGCAGUGAUAAGAAACGUAUGUUGAGCAUAUCUCCAUUCUACGUCGACUGCAUGCCACCAAAUGCGCUUGAAGUUCAGGAACAAAUAUCCCGGAUGCAAGAGCAAUCAGAGAAUACUCAAAGGCCAGUCUCUGAUACUGCGGAUACAGCCGAUGUGCGUCCUCAUGCCAGCGUUGAGGAGUCUACAAAUAACGGUCAAGUCAAUGCGGGAUUGCCAGUCAUCCCCGCUUCGGACAGAGAGGUGCUUGAUGUCCACGAAAAGUCUGCACCGGCUAUGUUGAAUGAUGACACUAUUGACGUUUGGGCCUCAACUGAACCCGCUAAGCAAAGAAGUCCACGAAAUGCGUCCAUUGCGGCAGAGAAUCCUCAAAGCGACGCACUUAUGGCCCAAAACGUAUGGGAUGAGACUUCCACACAGAACGAGCAUGAGCGUGCUCCAGUGGAUGAAAUGCGCCCUGAGCCAACUAUGCUGGAGACGGAUGAGGCCAAGAUGCAAGAGUCCGAGGCUAAGAAACAAUCGAAUCAAACUCCUGCAUCGACUCGCGAAGGGCCCGAAGAGGAACUUGUUAAUGACAAAGCUUAUCCCGUUGAUUCUGGCCUUCAUCAAUUUGUAGAGCAGGAGUCAGAAUCGAAAAAGCCAACACCUGACGAUGAGUCGGCUGUCAAGGGCAAUCAGCCUGUGACUGAGGAGACUCAAACCCAACAUACUGACAAGGAAGCGUUGACCGACAAUACUCCCGAGCGAAAAACCGAAGCCGACAUGGAAAACAUCGAUUUGAACGACUCUUAA